GUACACUAAAUAGGCACUCAGCGCUCCUGAUAUAAUGUACCUAUAACUGUACACCGAUAAAGGUUAAAAAUGCUUGCUUUAAAGAUAGCUAUUUAAAUUUUACUAGUUUUACUUUAAUCGUGAGUGAAAUACGACGUAGACUGUAUUCGUUUCAUACAAGUGUUUUUGUGGAAAUGAUAACUAUAUUUAAAUCCUACGUCUUUAGACAGUUGACAGCCAUUACAGCUUCAGGAUGGCUCUCAUUAACUGCUGGCUUUGCAUACGGGUACAGUGCGGUCCUCCUUCCAGACCUUGAGAAGGAUGAAAAUUUUCCUUAUGAUGAUAAUCUCGCUUCUUGGAUCGCUUCAAUUACUCCACUAUCAAUGAUUAUCAGUUGUGUCUGUGCGGGAUCAUUUAUCGACAGAUUUGGAAGAAAAGUUGGCCAUAUUAUACUCGGUUUGUUAUCGAUACUUAGUUGGCUGAUAAUAGCAUUUGCCACAAAUAUAACUCUUUUACUCAUCGGUAGAUUUGUUUCUGGUUUUGCCGUUGGAUCAAAUAGACCAGUGGCCUUGGUAUACCUUGGUGAAAUCACUUCACCAAAAUACAGAUGUUUUUCUUUAUUAUGUCCAUCACUCUCACUUUCAACGGGCAUCCUUCUGAGUCAUAUAAUAGGGGGAUAUAUCUCAUGGAGAAUUAGCAGUUAUAUAUAUAUCGCAGUCAAUCUUUUAUGUUUAAUUUCUUUGUUCUUCUUAAAAGAAACUCCUUUGUGGUUGAUAUCUAAAGGAAAGAUCGAUGAAGGAAUCAAGUCAUUUGUAUGGUUCAGAGGAAAAGGAAGUGAAGCAGAGACAGAACUGAAAUUAGUUUUGCAAAGGCAGAAUGAAAAAACAGACAAAUAUUUGAUCAAGGAUGUUUUCAAUAUAGCAUUUAUUAAACCGUUUUGUACAGGAAUAUUACUAGCUAUAGUGAUACAAUUUAAUGGAGUAAAUUCAAUAACAUUUUACGCCAAGGAAAUUCUUGGAAAUACUGUAAAUGGUGAAAUCGAUCCAUUUAUACUGAUGAUAAUGUUUGACAUCGUCAGACUUUUAACAUUCAUUCUGAUUUUUUGUUGUAAUAAAUAUAUACCACACAGCGAACAUGCUAACAGCCAAAUAACGCCGUCUUAG